AUGCCUAUUCUCGACAUCACCAAGGACCUCGCCGCGCUCUUUGAGCAGCAGGCCAAGGCCACCCCAGAUGCCAUUGCUCUUGAGGACGAGUCACGAACUCUUACCUAUGCAGAAUUGGAUCAAGAGACACAAGCCCUCGCCGACCGUUUGCGUCGGCAUUAUGGAGUUGGUAGAGACAGCCUUGUUGGCGUGCUCAUGAGCCGGAGUGCAGACUAUGUCAUUGCUUCUCUGGCUGCUCUUCGCGCGGGUGGUGCUUUCCUAGUGCUUGAGCUCGCGUACCCUUCUGGGCUUUUGCGCGAUGUCAUCCAGGACGCAAAGCCAACAGUAGUCAUCACCCAAAGCGCACACGUCAAUCACAUCAAGGCGGAUGUGCCAAUCAUCGUCUGUGAUGAGCCCAGUAAGACGACAGUCAACGGCCAUGCAAACGGCGAGCUUUCCCCGUUACCCGCUAGCGACGACCUGGAGCGUCUUGCGUUCGUGUCGUACUCCUCAGGCACGACCGGCCAGCCAAAAGGCAUUGCCAAUCCUCACAGAGCCGCGGUGCUCUCAUACGAUCUCAGGUUUGGCCUGAGCGACUUGCAGCCGGGCGAUCGUGUAGCCUGCAACGUGUUUUUCGUUUGGGAGAUGCUUCGCCCCCUUUUGCGCGGAGCAACCGUCUUCGCUGUCCCGGACAGCGCUAGUUAUGACCCAUCAGCUCUUGUCAACUUGCUUGACUCUCGACAGAUCACGGACACGCUCAUGACGCCUACGUUGCUGGCAACUGUUCUGUCUCGUCACCCUGACCUGAGCAAGCGCUUGCCCAAGUUGCGGUCUCUGUGGCUGAACGGCGAGGUCGUAACUACAGAUCUCUGCCGCAGAGCCAUGAAGGCUUUGCCUGAAACUAGGCUCCUGAACGUCUACAGCGCUAGCGAGACCCACGAGGUCGCUGCUGGUGACAUUCGCACGUUUGUUGACUUUGAGGCCCGCGUUUGCCCCGUUGGCCCACCUAUGGACCCAGAGCACAUCUACAUCAUGGAUGAAGCUGGUAACAGAGUUGGCAACAACGUCAGCGGAGAGCUCUACGUUGGCGGUGACCUCCUGGCUAGAGGAUACCUGAACCUGCCAGAGACUACUGCUAAGGCUUUUCAUCCGGACCCUUUCGACAAGAAGGAAGGAGCCCGCAUGUACCGCACUGGCGACCUUGCUCGCGUGCUGCCCUCUGGCCUUCUGGAGAUCACUGGCAGAGCAGGUGGCAUGAUCAAGACUCGUGGCUACACGGUUCAGCCCGGUGCAGUUGAGAACGCCAUUGUCAAGCACCUGGCUGUGCGUGACUGUGCGGUAUCCUCCCACGGAGAGGGCCUCGAGAGACAACUCGUUGCUUAUAUUGUCCGUGACAACGACGAGAAGAGAGGCCGAGCGGAUGUCGUAAUCGAUGAAUCUGGAUACAGUCCCGCGGCCAGACGCGUUCUUGGGGAACAUCUUGCCCUUUACAUGAUCCCCACAUACUGGGUUGAGCUUGAACAGCUUCCUACUCACGGUGUUUCCGGCAAGACCGAUUUGAAAGCGCUGCCGCCACCACCGAGUCCCAAGCUUGCCGUCAACGGCGAGAAGGAACAGAACACGAAGAUAAAGCUGGAGACUAUCAAGAAGCUCUGGGCUGCUGCCCUCAACAUGCCCGACAGUGCCAUCACUGAGGAGCACGACUUCUUCGACAUUGGAGGCCACUCCCUCGUUCUGGCAGACCUAGCGAACCGAUUCACCAAGGAGUUUGGAUUCCCGGUCUCGCUUGCCCCCCUUGCCGGCACACCCACCCUGCAAGGACACCUGCAAGCGAUUCGUGAUGCUCGCGAUGGCCACACUGCGGCUGUACAAGCUGAUCUUCCCGCCGUUCUCCGUGCUGAUUCCGUUCUGCCGGAGGACAUCCAGUCAAACGGUACUCCAAUGCGUCGUCUCAACGAUGCCGACACGGUUCUCCUGACGGGUGCGACUGGAUACCUUGGUGCCUUCCUUCUCAAGUACCUCGUUGAGACCACCUCGGCGCACAUCAUCUGCCUCGUUCGGUUCACAGACCCCACGGAAGACAUGCGUCCUGCUGGUAUGGCUAGAAUUCGCAAGAAUCUCAUCGAUCUCGGCAUUUGGGACGACUCCCUGCUCGACAGGAUGGAGAUUUUACCCGGAAACCUGUCUCGUGAGCAUCUCGGUCUCGCCUCGGAAGUUUACGAUGACAUUGCUUCCCGUGUCGAGGUCAUUAUUCACGCCGCUGCGACUGUCAACCUCGUGUACCCCUAUGCUGCGUUGAGAAGUCCCAACGUCGGAGGUACCAAGGAGAUUUUGCGCCUGGCGUCCAAGAGCGGCGCCACUCUUCACCACGUUUCCACGAACGGUGUUCUGACGCCGUCUGUAGCAGGCUGGUCCGAAGAUGCCAUGGUCGACAUUGAUGACGUUCCUGACAAGCUGAUUGACGGCUAUGGGCAGACCAAGUGGGUGGCUGAGAAGCUAGUCUAUGAGGCGGCUCGUCGUGGAAUGCCGUGUAAAGUCUACCGACCCGGUACGAUCAGCGGCCACAGCAAGACGGGUUCGUGCAAUGCCUGGGAUCUUCUGAAUGCCCUGAUUGUGGAGUCGUUGCAUCUCAAGACUGCGCCUCAUGUCGAUGGUUGGUUUGCUGAGAUGACGCCUGUCGACUUUGUCAGUGCGGCGAUUACAACUCUUGCCAACCACACCGACCCUAAGCAACUUGUCUACCACCUCGGUGACCCCAACCCAGUUUCCGCCAACUACAUUUUCGACACCCUGAACGAGCUCGGGUUUCCGACUACGCGCGUGCCGUGGGAUGACUGGGUCGAGCUCUGGACCAAGAAGCGAGGCUUCGGUACUGCUGGCGACGUGCCUUUCACUGUAGAUAUUCUGCGCGGUGGUAUGCCUACCGCCGAGGCUCUGCAGGCAGUUACUGUCCUCAAGGACGAUGCCACGGCACCUGCUCUGGCUCUGUACAACCUCCACCGUCCCAAGAUUGACACCAACUUGCUCGAAACUUACACUCGUCACUUCUGCGCCAGAGGCUGGCUUUCAAGACCUCCGCGCCGCGCAGAUGCCAAUGGUGUCACGUCCCGCGUCAACAAGGGCCGGUUGGCGGGCAAGGUUGCCGUUAUCACCGGCGCUUCUUCCGGCAUCGGAGCGGCUGUUGCAGCUGGUCUUGCCAAGGAGGGUGCUCACAUCGCCCUUGCUGCGAGGCGCACAGAAGCCCUAGAAGGUGUGAAGGCCAAGCUUGCCGGCACCGGCGGCAAGGUCCUUAUCCACAAGACAGACGUCACAAAGAAGGAGGAUGUUGCGUCGCUCAUGCAAGCGGCAGCCGAUAAGCUUGGCCCUGUCGACAUCCUCGUGAGCUGCGCUGGUGUCAUGUACUUCACCAUGAUGGCGAACAACCAUACAGAGGACUGGGAGCGCACCGUUGAUGUCAACUGCAAGGGUCUCCUGCACUGCCUCUCGAGUACAGUCCCUGGCAUGCUAAGCCGCGGAAAGGGUCAUAUUGUGGCCAUCUCUUCCGACGCCGGCCGUAAGGUGUUUCCCGGUCUGGGUGUCUACUCGGCCAGCAAGUUCUUUGUGGAGGCUACUUUGCAGAGCUUGCGUCUCGAGACGGCUGGCACAGGGCUGCGUGUUACUUCGAUCCAGCCCGGCAACACUGCCACAGAGUUGCUAGGCAUGUCUACCGACGCCGAGGCGAUCAAGAAGUACGGCGAGCCUACGGGUGCCAAGGUUCUGGACCCCGAGGACGUUGCCUCUUCAAUUGUGUACGCGGUGUGCCAGCCUGAGCACGUUGCCGUCAACGAGGUUCUCAUUGAGCCGAGAGAUGAGCCUAUCUAA